ACAAAGGACAACCAGUCACCCUCACACCACACACACUCUCUCUCUCUCUCUCUCUCUCUCUCUCUCUCCCAGCCAUCUUUUUCUUUGCUUCUCCUUCUUGCACUUUCACAGUAGUAGGAGUGAAGUAGCUGCGGAACAAAUCCCUCUCUCUCUCUCUCUCUCUCUCUCUCUCUCUCUCCAACGUUGACAUUAGUCUGCACUCAUCCAUGGCUGCUUUGCUGCUUCCACUUCUUGUUAUUGCCAUGGCUGGUCAUUCCAGUGCCACAUGGUGUGUGUGCAAAACAGGACUGAGUGAUUCAGUGUUGCAAAAGACAGUAGACUAUGCCUGUGGAAAUGGAGCUGACUGUUAUCCAACCCACCCAAAAGGCCCUUGCUUCAAUCCCGACACUGUUAGGGCUCACUGUAAUUAUGCUGUCAAUAGCUUCUUCCAAAGGAAGGGUCAAGCUCCAGGGACUUGUGACUUCACUGGCACUGCCACUCCCACCAACACCGACCCCAGUUAUGCAGGAUGUCCUUUCCCUGCUAGUGCCAGCGCCGCAGGCGGUGGGACCACCAUGACUCCCGGCACAGCCAAUCCAAGGGGAACCACAACCACCACCAUCCCCGGCGGCAGCAGCCCCUACUCGGCCACUUCAGCCAAUGGAAUCCUUGGAGGCAAUGGCACAGACACCGGUAUUAACCCGGAUUACACAAAUGGCACAGGGUUCGGGCUCAAGAACUCGAACAGCAUGUUCUUAUUAUCCCUUCUCUUGAUCACGAUCACCCGCUUAUGUUCUGUCUUGAUCCUCUGAGAAAUACGUUCAAUAUGGUAGGGGACGAUGUCCUGUCCUCAAGGAGAGUUUAGCUCAGUCGUAUUUUUUUUUGUUAUCUUCCUGUGUCUUGGUCAGUUGCGUUUCUCUGUGCCUCUAGUCGGUGUAAAAAAAAAAAAGAUUGGACCUUUUGUGUCCCUCUUGGUGGUUCUCACGGAUUUAGUUCUAAGAUCUGAAAUGAAAGAAAAGAUGUAACCUUUAUGCAAAUUUAGUUA